AGGGACAGUGGGGGCCCGAGAGGCCACUGCGCUGACGCUACAGGGCUCGGAGCUCGGGCACCGCUGACAUCAUGAGCUGGUCCUUGCAGCCCCGGAGUUUAAUUCUGUAUUUCUACACUGUCUUAUUGCUCUCUUCAACAUGCCUGGCAUAUAUUGCUACCAGAGACAACUGCUGCAUCUUGGAUGAAAGAUUUGGUAGUUUUUGCCCCACAACCUGCGGAAUUGCAGAUUUCCUGUCUACUUACCAAACCAAUGUAGACAAUGAUCUACAGACUUUGGAAGACAUCCUGAGUCAAGCUGAAAACAGAACAUCAGAAGCCAAAGAACUGGUCAAAGUGAUCCGAGCCAGCUAUGAUCCUGAUGAACCACCAAAGCCAAAUAAGAUAACGAGUGCUACUAAGGAAUCCAAGAAAAUGAUGGAAGAAAUUAUCAAAUAUGAAGCACUGAUUGUAACACAUGCAUCAAGUAUUCGAUUUUUGCAGGAUAUAUAUAAUUCGAAUAAACAAAAGAUCAGUAACCUGAAAGAGAAGGUAGCCCAGCUCGAAGCACAGUGCCAGGAACCUUGCAAAGACACAGUACAAAUACAUGACACAACAGGGAAAGAUUGUCAGGACAUUGCCAAUAAGGGAGCCAAAGAGAGUGGGCUUUACUUUAUCAAACCUAUGACAGCUAAGCAGCAGUUCUUAGUCUACUGUGAAAUUGAUGGGUCUGGAUUUGGAUGGACUGUGUUUCAGAAGAGGCUUGACGGCAGUUUGGAUUUCAAGAAAAAUUGGAUUCAGUAUAAAGAAGGGUUUGGACAUCUGUCUCCUACUGGUACCACAGAAUUUUGGCUGGGAAAUGAGAAGAUUCAUUUGAUAAGCACACAGUCUGCCAUCCCAUAUGUAUUGAGAGUGGAGUUGGAGGACUGGAAUGGGAGAACCAGUACUGCCGACUAUGCCUCGUUCAAGGUGGCACCUGAAACUGACAAAUACCGCCUGACAUAUGCCUACUUCAUUGGCGGAGAUGCUGGAGAUGCCUUUGAAGGUUUUGAUUUUGGUGAUGAUCCUAGUGACAAGUUUUUCACAUCCCACAAUGGCAUGCAGUUCAGUACCUGGGACAAUGACAAUGACAAGUAUGACGGCAACUGUGCCGAGCAGGAUGGAUCUGGUUGGUGGAUGAACAAGUGUCAUGCAGGCCACCUCAAUGGAGUUUACUACCAAGGUGGUACUUACUCAAAAACAUCUACGCCUAAUGGUUAUGAUAAUGGCAUUAUUUGGGCCACUUGGAAAUCACGGUGGUAUUCCAUGAAGAAAACCACCAUGAAGAUAAUCCCACUCAACAGAUACUCCGCUGGAGAAGGACAGCAACACUUCCUUGGGGGAGCUAAACAGGUUGGGCCAGACACCAUGUUGAAAUAGAAUAUAAAUAAAUCAUCUUACUAUGCAAGAUAAUUGCUAAUUUUUGUUAGUCCACAAAGCUUCAGAAAAACUUUCUGAAAGUUUCUUCUCAUUUAUCUCUUACUAUAUUUAUUAAUUUUAAGUCUUUUAUUAAGGAUAGUUAGCCUUAAAUGGAAAUUAAAACUCACUUGGACUGUAUUCCCACAUUACUGAACUUGGAGUUAUUUAAAAUUUAUUUGAGGAGAUAACAUUUUAGCUUAUUUCCUAAGUAUAUAAUAAUAAAAUUGUUGCCAUAUUUUGCAGUUUGAUAUUUGCAGAUUGUUUAGUUAUUUUGCAUAGUGAUCAUGUGUUGUUUUCUUAGCGAUUUUUCAUUUUUAUUAUUUCUUAAAUAUUUUAUUAUAUACCAGAAAUAUCUGAGUAAAUGAUAGCAUUUAAAAUCCCAAAGUAUUUUUCCAUGUUUAUUACUCCUAUGUCAUUCAUAUUUAAUUCUUCUUUUUAAAUGGAGAGAAUUAUACAUGUUUAAUAUUCUUUUUUUUGUUUUGGUCAUAGGCUGGAGACAUUUAAAAGACCACUUCAAAAGUGAUUAACUUUUUUUAAAGGACUUUAUCUGAACAGAAAAAUAUAGUAUUUUUCCUGUGGGACAAUGGACUUACAGAGUCUUACUUCAUUUUAAGAGUAAAAACAAUGACCCAUAUUGAAAACUCCACUAACAGUUUUAUUUUGGUGAUAAUUUAUCUACAUGCCAUUGCAAUAAACAUUUUGUUUCCUAAGACUA